AUAAAACAGUUAAGAGUUGAGGACUUUACCUCUUAAUGAAACGGCAUUUUCCCGCCCUCAAGACUUUGGCCCCCUUGGUUUGCGUUUCCUUGUACAAGUGUUCAUCGUAGUUCAUGGGAAGAAACAAUAAUAGAAUAGAAGAAGAAGAAGAAGAAGAAGAAGACGUGAAACCUUCUAACAUUAGUGAGCAGCUUAACAAACGUGCUUUCUGAGCUCGGUGAGAUUCGAACUGGGGACCAGCGACUAGUUUAAUAUCGUAGCCAUUGGAAAAUGGAAGCUACAGGGGAGUUUGCUGAAGCUGAAGCUGAAUUUGAAUCUCAGGUAUACAUGGCAUGCAUUUUGCAAAACCACAGGAUUGGGAUUUCAUAUUAUGAUGCAAAUGAUCACAGACUUUAUGUCUUAGAAGCUUGGGAAGAUGAAUGUGGAGACUUCCCUGUUAUAGACCUUGUCAUAUAUCAGACAAGACCUCUUGUCAUUUAUACAAGUACGAAAGUGGAUGAAUUGUUCAUAUUUGCACUAAAAAAAAAUGAAAAAAAACAAGGUCAUGAAGUGAAGAUGGUAAAAAGUUCAAUUUUUAGUUAUGAACAUGCACGACACAGAUUGAUGUACCUUCAAGUUGUUGGAAUGGAUAAAGACUUAAAUGAUAAGGAGAGAAUUUGUUUUUUGAAUUCCAUGAUGAAUAUUGAAAGCGACAUGCAAAUUCGUGCUGCUGGGGGACUUCUUACUAUACUACAGCAGGAGAUGCUAGUGGACACUAUCGAGCAGAAAGAAUAUGACACUGCUCCGAUAAAAAUUGAUGGUGUUACAGAGAUCUCAUUAAACAAGUUUCUGAGAAUUGAUGCCCUGGGUUACGAUGCUUUACAAAUUUUUCAAGUUGAUAAACAUCCAAGCUGCAUGGGUAUUGGCAAAGCCAAGGAAGGGUUUUCACUAUUUGGGGUGUUUAAUAAGUGUGUCACAGUCAUGGGCCGGCGCCUUUUAAGGAUUUGGUUUCUGAGGCCUAUUCUAGAUCUGAAUAUUUUGAACGACCGUCUAAAUACUAUAUCACUGUUCUAUGGAUGCGAUGAAAUGAUGACGACUCUGCGUAACAGUUUGAAGUCUGUGAAAGAUAUUCCAUUUUUACUCAAGAAAUUUAGCUGCCCAAGUUCUAUUUCAACAUCUGAUGAUUGGACAACUCUAUCAAAGAGCAUAAGUUCAAUUUUACAUGUGAGGAAGAUUUUUGAAGUUGGAAUCUCAGAACGACAACAUGAGCAGGCAGGGAUAUUAAAUUUAAAUAUUGUAAAAAAGGCAUUUAUAUCUAUUACAAAUGAGCUUGUCUACAUCCAUGAACUGGUAAAUGAAGUCAUUAACUUGAACCAAAGUGAUGAGAAAAGACUUAGGAUGCUGAUUGCACCUGGAAUAUGCCAAGAGCUGGAUGAAUUGAGAGAGAUAUACAUUGCGUUGCCUGAAUUUCUUGAAAAGGUUUCAUCUAUAGAGAUAAAGCAUCUAUUACGUGAUUCCAAUGCUGUUCAAGGGUCUAUUGUCUAUAUACCUCAAAUUGGCUAUCUUAUGCGCUUUUUAGGAUUAAAACUCAGUGACAAAGAGUUAGAAAGCCUUCAAGAUUUUGAGUUUGUUUUUGCAGGCGGCGAGGAUCACCAAAAUGAGUUUUACUAUCGUACCAUGAAGACAAAAGAGUUGGAUUUUAUUCUUGGAGAUGUCUUCCAUAAAAUUCUAGACAUGGAAAGAGCUAUCGUAAGGGAUUUGGAGUUGCGUGUUCAACAUUUCUCUAUGCAUUUGCAUAUGGCAUCAAAUUUUGUUGGGGAGCUAGACUGCAUUCUAUCAUUGGCAUUAGUUGCGCGCCAGUACAAUUAUGUAAGGCCUGUACUUUCUGAGGACAGUACUCUCCAAAUAAAAAAUGGAAGGCAUGCUCUUCAAGAGAUGAUAGUGGAAACAUUUGUCCCUAAUGAUACGAUCAUUACAAAUGAAGGGCAGAUCAGUAUCAUCACUGGCCCAAAUUGUUCGGGAAAAAGCAUAUAUAUCAAACAGGUUGCCCUUAUAGUUUUCUUGUCGCAUAUUGGAAGCUUUGUGCCGGCAGAUUCUGCAAUAGUUGGUAUCACAGACAGGAUAUUUUUUGGAGUUGUCAACAAACAUACAAUUACUAGUGAGCAGUCGACAUUUAUGAUGGAUCUUCAUCAAGUUGGCAUUAUGCUAAGGCAUGCAACUUCAAGAUCUUUGUGUUUAAUUGAUGAAUUUGGGAAAGGAACACUAAAAGCAGAUGGGAUUGGGCUUUUGUGUGCCACUCUCAAGCAUUUUGCAGCUUACAAGUAUCCACCCAAGGACAUGGAGAAAGAAAUAAGGAGAUCACACAAGAAGCAUCCACUUACACAGAGACAUGAUCUGCAACAUCAACGACAUGAAGGGAGUCACAAGAGAAGGAAUUCCGAAGGAAAGAGACAACGGUGACAUCAGAAGUUCAUCAAUAUUUCAAAACUAAGAUUUAUACCUUGCACUUCCAUGAUCAAGGCAUUUGAGAAGACAAUUUCAGAAGAGUUAAUCAAAGUUAGAAUAUCAUCAUCAUCAUCGCUGAAGCUGAAUAAUGUUGAGUAUCGAGAUAUUCUUUCACGAUGAUUUAUCAAACCUACAAAGUGCGAGUUGAAGUGGCAUCCUAGUCAUCAUCACAGUCACUACUCACCAAUCCGGGAAGGUCUACCUCAACAUGUCUUGAUUCAAUGAACCUGACUCACCAGUGAUGGCACAAACUCCGAGGCACCUACCCUUGUUAUCUAUUGGUCAUGCCAAAGUGUUGUAAUCAUUGCAUUGGCCAGAAUUGAGUUUGUUGUAACAAAUCCUAAUUAGGGUUUUCAUUGUAAAAUCUUGGGCAUUGAUGGAGAUUCAAUCCUGGCCAUUCAUUGUAAAUAAGCUCUCUAUAAAAACUCAGACUCUUCAUUUGUAAAGGUUAAUAGUUAAUAGUUGGAGAAUAGUUAAUAGUGAGUAGAAUAGUGAAUAGAAUAUAAUAAUAGAUAGCUUAGAAGAAUAGCCAGAUUAGAAUGUAAGUUAGAGUAGGAGAAGGCAAAGAUUGUUGCCAAACUUUGUUGUAAAGAACAAUUGAUUUCAUUGAA